AUGGCCUGCAACAUCCUUGACGAGUGCUACAGCAACGAUCCACCAAAAACCCUCAACAUGCUAUGCAUGGAAAGACCGGCCUACCUUAAACGCUCUCAACUCACCCUGGCCGAGGAGGGAGAGUGUAAAUACUUCAUCGAGCACCAAGCCUCUCAGACAUGCGUCAAAGGGGUAUGGUUCGGCAAUAUCAGUGAACAAAUAUCCACAAAGAAGGUAAGUCUGGCUGAAGACAUUCUAAUCCAGAAACGCUGA